GUGACGUUUACGGAAGAAGAAAUUGUUUUCUCGCGAUACUUUGGGGUUUGGGAAAACAACGUUUGUGGCUAAAGGGGACAAAAAUAUAGCAAGAAUUUCUUAAUAUGAGUGAUGACAAACCCUUCCAGUGUACUGCUCCAGGAUGUGGACAGAGAUUUACAAAUGAAGACCACUUGGCUGUCCACAGACACAAACACGAGAUGACACUAAAGUUUGGCCCAGCGAGGACCGACAAUAUCAUAAUUGCUGAUCAAACGCCGACACCCACUCGCUUUUUGAAAAACUGCGAGGAAGUCGGGCUUUUCAACGAACUUGCCAGUCCUUUUGACCAUGACUUCAAAAAAGCAGCUGAAGAUGACUUGAAGAAGCUACCUCUGGAUUUGUCACCUCUUGCUACACCAGUCAUACGCAACAAAACUGAGGAACCCGCAGCUGUAGAUGCACAUCGGAACAGCCCCCUUCCUCAUCCUGAGUCCACCACAAACGAUGACAAGGACUUAACUUUGCAGCCUGCCUCACUGCCAACAUCCACUAUAGUCCAUCCUGCAUCCCUCCAAGUUCCCAAUGUACUUCUAGCAACCACGGACGCUAAUGUUGUAAUACAGCCAGCUCUCCCAUCGCCAACAUCUAGCUCUGUUAUUACCCAGGUUCCAUCCACUAAUAGACCCAUAGUACCGAUGUCUGGCACCUUCCCUGUGCUCUUACAGUUGCCUAAUGGUCAGACCAUGCCAGUUGCUAUACCUGCCUCUAUUACCAGCUCCAGUGUUCAUAUUCCAACUACAAUCCCUCUUGUCAGACCCGUCACCGUCGUGCCUGCCGUCCCUGGAAUCCCUGGACCUCCCUCGCCGCAGCCGCCGCCCGCCCAAACAGAAGCAAAGCUGACGCUGAAAGCCACACUAAGCCAGCAGCUUCCUCAGGUAACCAACGGAGACAACGGGGAAAUCCAAAGUAGUGCAGUGACCCACACUGCACCUGCUUCCCCUGGUCUGACCCCACCUCCCGCCGCAGCCGCCGUCCUGACUCCGGCUCCUCACCCGCCUAAAACGGAGGAACUGUCCACACAUUCCCUUCAGCAGCCAGCCACCUCCACCACAGAGACACCCGCCUCUCCAGCUCCCCCUGCACAAAACCCUCCAACCACAGGAGGCCGGCGGCGCAGGACCACAUCCGAGGACCCAGACGAGAAGCGCCGUAAGUUCCUGGAGCGCAACAGAGCUGCAGCUUCUCGCUGCAGGCAGAAGAGGAAAGUCUGGGUCCAGUCUUUGGAGAAGAAAGCUGAAGACCUCAGCUCCAUGAAUGGACAACUACAGAAUGAAGUGACCCUGCUGAGAAACGAGGUGGCUCAGCUGAAGCAGCUUCUUCUGGCUCAUAAAGAUUGCCCUGUAACUGCCAUGCAAAAGAAGUCUGGCUAUCACAUCUCGGACAGGGAAGAGAGCUGCGAAGAGAUGUCCGUCCCCAGCAGCCCCCAGAACGAGGCCAUCCAGCACAGCUCCGUCAGCACCUCCAACGGGAUCAGCGCCUCUUCCACCGCCCCCCCGAGCGCCGCCUGUUCCGCGGCUCCGUCCAACCACAGCACAGAGGACGGGCAGCCACAGCAGGGCGCUGCCCAGACCCAGCCUUCAGGAAGCUGAUUGUACAAAACUAAGCCCGAGCGUCCACACUGGAGCACUGCUGACCAACGGAGGGAAAAAAAACUUCUCUUAGCUACAAUUCAGACAGUUUUUCAUUUGUUCUUGAUUGAUUUCUUUUAUGUUUGGUCCAUUUUAUACUUGAUAGUCUUUUGAAGAUGCAAUGUUUAUUGGAAUUAAUGAAGACAAAAGAACAGGCACUUUAGGUGUAAGAUGUAAAACUCGUUGUUCUUAACUCUUUUUGUAUUUCUGUGACUUAUUUAUUAAUCUUAUGUAUAUGUUUUUAUUUAAAUCACUGAUUUGUUGACAACUUUACCAAAGUGUGUUUUGGCACAUUUCAACUCAAUUGCUUCGUUAUUACUUUUGUAAGCUAAAUCUUUAUAACGAAGAUAAGCAACGACAUGUAAUUUGUUCUUUGCUUUUUCUUUUUUUGCACAUUUCUGAGAGACCCCAGGUCUAAGUUUGGUCAGGCAUGGCAGCUUUUUAGUACAUGAAUGAAAAAAGCUGAACCGCAUUGCCGGACUUAAAGACAUGGAGCGUGAUCAGCUGUGAAUGUUUGAGCUCGUCUCCGCCUGUAAAAUAAUCUCAUGGAAGUGAGCUGGUUAGUUGCGUGUUGCUUCAUUGACAUUCCAUGUGUCGUUUGAUUGUUCCUGAAGCAGUGAUUGUAGGAUUGCAGUACUCUUUUCAUUACUCUGAAAUUGUGACAUUGGCUUCUCUCAGUUUCAUGUAGGUUUUUUUUUUUCUAUUACAGUUUUUUAAUGCUGAUUAGCUUGAGUUGAUUGCUGUUCUGUCAUCAUGAAAAAAAAGUCCCAUGAACAUAAAAGCUUUGCAGAAGCAUUUUGUUUUCUGUGGCUGUAGCAUAUAAUGCAUUGUUUCCUUAAAUGAACUUCCUGGCAUCUUUAGAAGGCAUUGUAAAUGACAUAAAGGAUCCAAUGUGCGCGGUCCUUUUUGAUUUUAUAGGACUUGAAUUCAGUAGCUGAGCUCUUUGCAUCACAAAUAGUCUUAAAAGCUGAAAACGGAUGUCUCUUUAGGAUGCAUUUCUCUCUGCCUCUGUAGGUUUUCAUGUAAAAAGAAAACACUCAGAUGUGAACUGGAAUCACAUCAUGUACAUUAGAGAAACAUGAUAAAAACAGCUCUAACAGUUUGGAGCUGUCACUCAAAAGAUGAAGCAAAAUUUCAUGUCUUGAAGUCGGCCUUUUUCUCCUAGUCUCUACUGGCUUACUACUGUGUAGUUUUACAAACAGCUAAGGCAUUGUUUUCUUAUGUGAUUUUUAAGGUUUUACUGUUAUGUGCUAUCUGCAUGAGAUAACAAUUCUCUGCGAGAAUUUGUUUAUUUAUAGUCUCAUUUUAGAAAAUAAGACAAGUUAUUCCAACUUGAUUCAUUCAAAGCUUUGGUGAUUUGUUUUACCCUGGCUUAACUGCUGAAAACGGGAUGUGACUCUGUGUUUCAAAUGUUCUUGUAACGUAAAAGUUCUGUUUUAAAUUUAAAAAGUUGUAAUAAACCUUGUUAUAACUCUUUA